AUGCCUGGUCUUCGUCUUCCUCAUCGCGUGGCCGUCAUCACCGGCGGUGGCUCCGGCAUCGGUCGUGAAUGCGCAGUGCUCUUCGCCUCCGAGGGUGCUAGCGUCGUGCUCGCCGAUAUCAACAUCGACGCUUGCCAAAAGACCGCCGACCUUGUCAACGAGCGCUUCAAGGACGCACAGCCUCCCGUCAAGGCAAUUGCAAUGAAGUGCGAUGUCAGCAAGGAGGACGAGGUGGCGGCGAUUGUCAAGCGUGCAGUAGACGAGUUUGGCCGUCUCGACGUCAUGUUCAACAACGCCGGCAUCAUGCACCCCGCCGACGACAACGCGCUCAACACCGAAGAAAAGAUCUGGGACCUCACCCAGGCCAUCAACGUCAAGGGCGUCUGGUACGGCUGCAAGCACGCCAUCAUCGCCAUGCGCAACAACCCCACCGACGAGUCCAAGGACCUCCACGUCGGCGGCUCCAUCAUCAACACCGCCUCCUUUGUAGCCGUCAUGGGCGCUGCCACCCCUCAGAUCGCUUACACCGCAUCCAAGGGCGCCGUCCUCGCAAUGACGCGUGAGCUCGCCAUGGUUCACGCACGCGAAGGCAUCCGCGUCAACUCGCUCUGCCCCGGCCCGCUCCAGACCCCGCUGCUCAUGGACUUCCUCAACACCCCCGAAAAGCUCAACCGCAGACUCACCCAUCUGCCCCUCGGCAGAUUCGGCGAGGCCGUCGAGCAGGCCAAGGCCGUGCUUUUCCUGGCGACCGACGAAUCGUCGUACGUGCUCGGACACGAUCUGCUUGUCGACGGCGGUCUCUCCAGCGCCUAUGUCACCGCCGAAGGUCAGCCCGUCCUCCCCGCCCCCAAGAGCCUUGUCUAA